UGCAGUCCCCGUCGUCCUCGCUAUACUGUAGUUGCGCUGACUUGACCACCCAUUGGCCACAGCAGCUGAACCAAGUUCAGGCAGUUUCGUGCCCUUUUCUUCUCCACCAGCUCAAAGCUGAACGCGGCAUCCUUCCUUUCCUCCCCUCUUCUGCCCCCAUUUCGUUCCUUUCACACCGGGGACCGGCGAGCAGAGCCGCGCACAGCAGAACGCGGAAGCAAGAGGAGGCGAUCGACUACUCGACCAGCCCUCUCCGUGUCUCCGAUGGCGGCUCGCGUCCUCGCGGCCCUCGCCCUUGCCCUCGCCCUCGCCCUCGUCGCCGUACCCGCUCCCACGCGGGCGUCCAACGACGAGGGGGACGCGCUCUACGCGCUGCGGCAGCGGCUGUCGGACCCCAACGGCGUGCUGCAGAGCUGGGAUCCCACGCUCGUCACCCCCUGCACCUGGUUCCACAUCUCCUGCGACCAGGUCGGCCGCGUCGUCCGCCUGGACUUGGGCAACUCCAACGUCUCCGGCUCCAUCGGCCCUGAGCUCGGCCGCCUUGUCAACCUCAAGUACCUGGAGCUGUACAGGAACAACCUUGACGGCGAGAUCCCCAAGGAAUUGGGCAACCUCAAGAACCUGAUCAGCUUGGAUCUGUAUGCCAACAAGCUCACGGGAGGAAUCCCCAAGUCACUCUCCAAGCUCGACUCACUCAGAUUCAUGCGCUUGAACAACAACAAGCUUACAGGAUCAAUUCCAAGGGAGUUUGCCAAGCUCUCCAACCUGAAAGUCAUCUUUGAGAACAACAGCAGGCUCAACGGUCCAGAGCUACAAGGAUUGGUUCCUUAUGAUUUUGGAUGUUAGAUGCCGAUCAACAAUGUACCACCUUCCCCAGUUGAAAGGGGGAAAGACAAGAUAGUAUUAUCAAUAGAAACCUAGCUUCAAGAAUGUCGUGACUAUAUAUAUGUAUGAUAUUAAGACUAGAUUUGAUAAGGGUGGCAUAGCAAGUCCUGAUAUUCUGUGUGCAUUCAGAAUAGCUGCUUUUAUGCCCUUGUGUUGAUAUUUUGCAAACCAAAACAAACUGUUCUGAAACGAGGGCACAUAUUGUUCAUGAAUAAAUUUGAGCCUCCAAUACAUACA